AAACUCACAAAAAAGACAAAACCCAAAAUCAUACACUGAAAACAAAAUCAAAUUUCAAGAGAAGAAAACAAAAGAGAAGCAAAAUUAAACAGGGUCCAUGUUAAGAGAGAAGGAAGAAAAACAGUAGUCCAAUCCAUAUUUGACGAAAGAAACCGUUUUUCUCUCCCCCUUCUUCCCCGCGUCAUUCUGAUCCAUUCCAUUUCUCCAAAAAAAAAAAAUAUCUCUCUUUUCCUUUUCCUUUCAUUUCAAUCCCAAUGAAUCCCAACGCCGGCGUUCCCAAGAAGCGGCAACGCACCGCUGCUACCCGCCAUUAUUCCUCCUCCACCAUCUCCUCCGUCUCCGACAUAACCCUAACCGAACUCUCUCAGAGUCUACACCACCGUCCCUCCACCUCCACCACCACCUUCCCCACCAACGAUGCUUUCCAUUUCAACGACGCUUCCACCGCCGAUGUCGUCCUCCGUCUCUUCAUCGACGCCGCUUCUCCGCUCGAAACUUCUACCUCCGUCGACUCCGUUUCCAACUCCGACCUCCACGUCUACCUUCACUCCGACAUUCUCCUACGCUCCAAAUACUUCUCGGCCUUAUUAUCCGACCGAUGGAUCGGCCACGUCCCCACUCAUCCGCCUCCACCGGAGCACUCCCCCGACGACCCCGACCUCUUCCGCCUCAACCUCGGCGUUUCCCCCGCUUCCGGUUCGAUCCAGUCGCAUCUCACCGUUCUGGAGCUUCUCUACACGAACGACUUCGCCACCGCCAUCGACAGCGCCUCCACCGCGCUGGAUCUGCUGCCAGUGGCGCUGGAAUUGCUCUUCGAGGAGUGCGUCCGUUGGUGCGUGGAUUUUCUAGAAGCGGUGCCGUGGACGGAGGAGGAAGAGAAGAGAGUGGUGAGUUUGAUUCCAUUCCUGAGCGAGGAAGAGUCGAAAGAACUCGUGGCUAGGGUUUCGCCGGUAGGAGAAGACUCGUCUGAAGCGAUGCUGCAAGGGCUGAUUUCGUCGGCGAUGAACAAUUACCAGAACACGGCGUUCGUUAAGGCUUUUGUAGGGAAGAUAUUGAGGGAUUUAUCGUCGAGGGAAACGGCGAAGAGAGUGUUGGAGAAAGCGUUUAAGAGAAGCUUGAAGACGGUGAAGGAAUCGUUGGAGGAUUAUUCGAGUCCUGUGUUCAGAGGGGAUCACAAUGAAACAGAGGCUAUUCAGAGGUUGAAUCUGCACAAGGCUUCGACUAAUGGGAAGCAUCUAUUGUGGUUGGUGGAGAGGAUGAUUGAGUUGAAGGUUGCUGAUGUAGCUGUUAAGGAAUGGAGUGAGCAAGCUCCUUUCACUGCCGAUUUGCAGAGGGCGUUUCGUGAUGAUGCGUGGAGGAACAUUGUGCCUGGUCUUCCUGCUGUUAUUCUUCGAUGUACUUGUAAGCUCGCUAAUGCUGUUAGUACUGGCUCCAUUUUGGCUUCUAGACAGGUGAGAAGGAAGCUCGUAGAAGAUUGGCUGCCCGUUUUGGUUGUAUGCAAAGAUAAUGUUUCACCAAUAUCACCCAGCAACAAAUCGUUGUACCUGGAGCUGGAAGAAACAUUUUUGCGAAUCAUUUCAACAUUGCCCAUGUUGGAUGCUCAAGAAUUGUUGCAGCGGUGCCUCAGCUUUUCAACUCGAAAUGUUGAAGAUUGUCCUCACCUGGUGAGGGCAUUCAACACCUGGUUUCGGCGUGCAGCUCGACCUCUGAAACCAGAUUGUCUCCUUGAUCAAUGAGUUCUGUUCUGUUGCGCCUCGUUGGUUGGCUUAUUGUCAAAUAUUGUGCAUAUGUUAAUACUGUGUUCAGAAAGUUGAAGUUUAACGUUGUACAUAUAAAAUCAAAAGUCGAAACUAACCGUCUUCUAGGACAAACCACAACCCAAAUACAUAUAGACCUUGUCCUGAAGCCGGUGGCUGUGGGCAUGGCUAAUGGGUUCCUUGUAAUGCAAGAUUUUAGUUGCUAAGAGAUAUUUGGCCGUUGCAUGUAUUUCUUGGGUGAAAUGGUGCUCAUGAAAUUUUAUGUCAUAAUAAAGAUAACCAGCCUUGAUUUGACCCUUUGCCAACGGAGAUUUUUUCCCCCUACACUUCAGUUUUAAAAUUUAAAGAUGGGGCAACCCAUCCAAAAAAAUUUCAAAACGAACAUUUUUUUUUUAUCAUCAUCACCAUCAUCCGUACCAGUUGUCAAAAUCAGAAGUUAUUGUUAAUUUGUGCAGUCAUUAAGCUUAACCAGAAUGUUUUCAUCUUUUAAGUUAUUGAUUCAAAUAGAGCAUAUCUUGUUAUACAAAAAUAUUAAAAUAGCGUUUCCAUUAGUAAUAUUCAACCUUCUUUAACUUUAUUGCAAAGCAAAUAAAAG